GCUCACCGGCUCGUCUCUUCACUCCGCUGCGGUGCUAUGGUCGACCGAAUGGACGAGCUGAGGGGCGAGUGCAGCGACAUCGAGAUGGGCGAGCCGUCUCGUGGUUUCAUGGCUGCAUUCUUCGAGGAGGUGAAUGGCGUGAAGGCUGCGCUGUGCACCAUGGCCGCCAGCGUUGCCCGCAUCGAGGCCCUUCAAAGCGAGUCGCUCACCGCCACCAGCGCGGAGGAGGGCAAAGCGGCCGCGAAGCAGCUACAGGAGGAGUCGGGCGGCAUGAACGUGCUCGCCAAGAAGGUGCGGGCGCAACUCAAGGCGAUGGACGCGGCGAACAAGCUCUUCGCGAAGAAGAACCCCGGGGCGAGCGAGGCGCGCAUCCGCACAAACAUGCACGCGACGCUCAGCCGCAAGUUCGUCGAGUCGAUGGCGGAGUACCAGGAGGUGCAGGCGAGGUUCAAAUCCAAGCACCGCGAGCGGAUGGCGCGGCAGUACAGGAUGGUGCAGCCCUCAAUCUCGCAGGAGGAGAUCGAUGCGGCGCUCGACGGCGGCGGGCAGGAGGAGGUCUUCUCGCAGACGGUGCUGCAGGGCCCCGGCCACGCGCAGGCGAGGCAGGAGCUCUCCGACAUCCAGGAAAGGCGCCGCGACAUCGACAAGCUCGUACCCCCGGACACGUCGAUCGCCGAGCUGCACCAGCUCUUCCUCGACAUGUCGGUGCUCGUCGAGGCGCAGGGCGAGCUGCUCGAUCAGGUGGAGUACACCGUGGCCCAGUCAGUCGACUACACCGGCCGCGCCGUCGACGAGCUCCGCAGCGCGGCUUACUACCAGGCGCAAGCGCGUAAAAAGUGCUGCUGCGUGGUCGUGACGCUGCUGAUUGUCGUCGGCGUCGUCGUUCUCACCCUAUACUUCAGGUACGUUGCUCCUGAUGGCGGCGAUGGAGAUGGCGAUGGCGAGGGCGGAGACGAGGAAUAGCAAAGAUAGCGUGCAAGCCAGCAAGGCUCAGCAUUAUACAAGUGUUAUUAUGUAAAUGCAGGGGUA